CUUUUAUUCUUUCCGUCUCUUCACUUUCAGUAGAUCCAAACAAUACUAUACUACUACUAUUAUCUAAAGAGAAACAAGAAACAGCGGCGAAGCACGUCUCCGACCAAAACACAAAUUGGUGUUUUAAACUGAUAAGAAAUGGCACUCAGUUUUCCCUUGUCAUCUUUCAUUUCACCAAUCAAAGAUACAAACUUCAACUUCCCCAAUUCAUUUUCUCUUUACAAGUACAAACCCACCAAAAAUAUCUUCAAUUUCUCAAACCCCUCUUUGCAGGUUGGUUAUUCUAGAGUAACAAGAGUUCAAGUACUCAAAUCUGAUGGUGCUGGUUCCAACAGAAGAGGGCGAGAACGAUAUAGUGACAGUGAUAGUGACGAUGAAGAUGAAGAUGAUGCACCCUCUCCCUCCAAAGAAAAUGACCCUUAUGCUAUGAAUCUUGAAGAGAGACAAGAAUGGAGAAGAAAAAUUAGACAGGUUAUGGAUAAGAAACCUGAUAUUCAAGAAGUUGUAGAUAAUGAUGAAAAGAAGAAGAAAAUGGAAAAGCUUAUCAAUGAUUAUGGCCUUGUUGUGGAAGAGGAAGAUCCUAAUUGGCCUGAAGAUGCUGAUGGUUGGGGAUUCAGUUUCGGACAGUUUUUCGACAAGAUUACUGUCCAAAAUAAAAAGAAGGAAGAUAAUGAUGAUGUCGAGGACGACAAUGAUGUUGAUGAUGAUAAGCCAAUAGUGUGGCAAGAUGACAAUUACAUUCGUCCUAUCAAAGACAUUAAGGCUGCAGAAUGGGAGGAAACUGUAUUCAAAGACAUAAGUCCCUUGAUUAUUCUCGUGCAUAAUCGUUAUAAAAGGCCAAAGGACAAUGAAAGAAUUCGAGAUGAACUAGAGAAAGCUGUGCAUAUCAUAUGGAACUGCAGAUUACCCUCUCCAAGAUGUGUCGCACUUGAUGCUGUUGUUGAGACUGAACUAGUUGCUGCACUUAAAGUAUCGGUUUUCCCAGAAGUUAUCUUUACUAAAGCAGGGAAGAUUUUAUUCCGUGAUAAAGCAAUUCGAAGUGGAGAUGAGUGGUCAAAGAUCAUGGCCUUCUUUUACUACCGAGGAGCCAAACCACCGUGUUUGACUAACAUUCCAGAUUUCCAGGAAAAUAUUCCUUCUUUUACCAUUGGUAAUCGAGUGUCCUGAAAAAUUGAAGAGCUCAAAGUUUCUAUCAAGCCAUAUUGCUGAAGUAUUUCCAUUUAACAAUGCCUUUUACAUUCUGCCAUUGUGUAAGAUAAGCAAGGGAAAUGAAUGCAUAGCUCCAUCCAUCAACUGCAUGCAAUAUGAUAACAUAACUGCCACAAAAUCCUUACGGCCGACUGUUUGAUGUAUUACCAUGGCAUGGAAGUCAUCAUAUUCAUAGGGAAUGAGCUUUAUAUAGGUUUGAUCUGUUGGAAUAAUAGAAAAAUGGAACUGGAAGAUGAGCCCUGUGUAUAUUUAGAAGGUAUAGAGAUUAUUUGUAGUAGACUCACUUAAGAUUUGCAAUUCAAGUAAUGUCAUCAGUGAGCAUAAAAUGUUUUGUAUGAUUUUAUGGUGGUGACUGCUAGAGGCAUAAGCAGGUUGUACCAAGUAGUGUGAUGCUUUGUUUUUGUCUUCUUUUUUUGUGAACCUGUAAUAUUGUUAUAUUAUCGGAAAACAAAGAAAACUCAGAGAUGUUUGAUACCAA